CACUUCCGGUCCCUGCCACUUACUCUUCCGACAGAAGGUCGGUAACCAGCGACUAUUCGAAUUUUCGGUUCCCGCGAGGGUCGGCCUGGUUGGAGGCUGAGAAGCCGACAGGACUGGGGCCGCGCGGACGCAGAGCGGCGCCCACACUGGCACCAUGGCCCGAAAUGCAGAGAAGGCCAUGACAGCAUUGGCGAGAUUUCGCCAAGCUCAGCUGGAAGAGGGAAAAGUGAAGGAAAGAAGACCCUUCCUGGCUUCAGAAUGUACAGAGCUGCCCAAAGCCGAGAAGUGGAGACGACAGAUCAUUGGAGAGAUUUCAAAAAAAGUGGCUCAAAUUCAGAAUGCUGGUUUGGGUGAAUUCCGAAUUCGGGACCUGAACGACGAAAUUAACAAGCUGCUGAGGGAGAAGGGGCACUGGGAAGUCCGGAUAAAGGAGCUGGGUGGCCCGGACUAUGGGAAAGUUGGCCCUAAAAUGCUGGAUCAUGAAGGGAAAGAAGUCCCAGGAAACCGAGGUUAUAAGUACUUUGGAGCAGCAAAGGAUUUGCCUGGUGUUAGGGAGCUCUUUGAGAAAGAACCUCUUCCUCCUCCCAGAAAGACUCGUGCUGAGCUCAUGAAGGCAAUUGACUUUGAGUACUAUGGUUACCUAGAUGAAGACGAUGGCGUCAUUGUGCCUUUGGAGCAAGAAUACGAGAAGAAACUGAGAGCCGAGCUGGUGGAAAAAUGGAAAGCAGAGAGAGAUGCCCGGCUGGCAAGAGGAGAAAAGGAAGAGGAGGAAGAGGAGGAGGAGGAGGAAAUCAACAUCUAUGCUGUCACCGAGGAGGAGUCCGAUGAGGAAGGCAGCCAGGAGAAAGGAGGGGAGGACGGGCAGCAGAAGUUCAUCGCUCACGUGCCGGUGCCGUCGCAGCAGGAGAUCGAGGAGGCCCUUGUGCGAAGGAAGAAAAUGGAACUACUCCAGAAGUACGCGAGUGAGACCCUGCAGGCCCAGAGUGAAGAAGCCAAAAGGCUCCUGGGCUACUAGGACGAGCCAGCCACUCCUUGGAGUCUGAAGAGCCAGUGGGCGGCCUGCCAGCCCUGGGUGAUCCUGCCCGCAUGGCCACCCUAGCCGGUCAGGCCGCUGGCACCAGAGGCCCUGCUCCUUUCUCACCCUCCAUCCCUCUCACCUUUCCUUGCCUCCUGGGCUGAUCUGAGGGUGGGGCUGUGUCUUCUGCCUCCCUUGUUAGGCUGUCUUCACUUUUUUUGCAGAUAAUUUAUGACCAGUGAACCCAUUUCUUUUUAUCUUUACCUGUGUGGGCUACCGUAUGAGCUCAUUUUAUUUUGGUUUGUGUAAAAGAUUGCCCUCCGACUGCCUGUUAAGUGUUUUGGGCUGGGGAUAUAGCUCAGCGGCGCAAGCACCUUCCUGGCAUGUGCAAGGUCCUGAGUUCGACUCCUGAUACCAAAAAAAAAGUUUCGUUCUGCCUUGCACUAUGAUUUUGGAGGGAGAAGAAUCAACUAGUGGCCAACAUUUUAAAAAAUGAAGCUGAGUGUAGUGGCCCACCCCUGUUAUCCUAGCACUCGGGAGGUCCCAAGGAUUGCU